GUUUGUGACACCAGCUACCGGGAUGGUGUUAGGGUCACUAGCCAAAUAUCGUCAACACGCCACGUUUAACUGUCCAUUUUCCUCGCACACAUGACCCACCAGAUAUAUGGACCAUCCUGAUUUUUGGGCAAGGACGUGGUCACGGCGAAUCCCUGUACGGAACGGCCCCGAUUAUCACACGUGUGCCACUUCGGCGGAUGUGACGCAAGAGGCUAAAAUAACAGCACCAAGGUAAAACAUACCACUUUCGCAUGCAAAAGCAGUUGGCUCUCUCCCUUCCAAACGUUCUCCAAAAAACCAGAACCCUCAAAGACUUAAAGACACUUCAUGCGCACAUUAUCACAACCGGGCUCCAACAGAGCAGCUUCGCUAUCGGCAACCUGGUUGCGCACUGUGCCACCGCCUUCGGUAACAUGAGCUACGCAUACCAGAUGUUCGAUCAAAUGCUUGAACCAAACUCGUUCGUCUGGAACACUGUAAUUAGAGGAUUCCAGCAAAAUCAAGAACCAAAGAAGGCACUUCUCUUCUUCGAUUCGAUGCGGACCCGAACCGUCCCGCCCGAUCGCUUCACCUUUCCUUUCGUUAUCAAGGCUUGCACGGAUUUGAAGGAUCGAUGGAAGGGGCUAUGCAUUCAUGGGCAAUUGUUCAAGACCUACAUUGAAUCUGAUGUUUUCGUCGCGACGAGUUUGAUCGAGUUUUAUGUCGGUUUAGAGGAUAUGAGGAUCGCACGACGGGUGUUUGAUGAAAUGCCUCUGAAAGAUGUUGUGUCUUGGACUGUUACCAUAUGUGGGUAUGUGAACGUCUGCAGUGAUAUGGAGGCUGCCCAUCAACUGUUUGACGAAAUGCCUGUGAAGGAUCUUGUAGUGUGCAAUACUAUGAUUGGUGGGUAUCUGAAAAUUGGGAAUAUGGGAGUUGCUACAGAACUUUUUGACAGGGUACCCAAGAAAGAUUUACUGAUGUAUAACACUAUGCUAGGUGGAUACGUGAAAAAUGGUGAAAUCGAAUACAUGUUACACUUGUUCGAUGAAAUGCCCGAGAGAGAUGUGGUGACUUGGAAUACUGCUAUUGGUGGGCUUGUGCAGAAUAGGAGAGUUAACAAGGCGAUAGAGCUGUUCCACCGGAUGCAACUAAAGAAUGUGAGGCCAAAUGAGGUCACGGUCAUUACCGUUCUUUCUGGUUGUGCCCAAGUUGGAGCUUUAGAUAUUGGGAGAUGGGUACAUUCUUAUAUAGAUAGAAGUAAGUUUGGUCAGGAUGUCAUGGUGGGCACGGCCUUAGUAGACAUGUAUUCAAAAUGUGGAUCUCUGGAGAUUGCACAACAUGUAUUCGAUCAAAUGUCGAAUAGAGAUUUCACUGCUUGGAAUGCGAUGAUCAUGGGAUUUUCAAUGAACGGUCAGAGUAAGAAGGCCUUAGAAUUUUUCCAUCGGAUGCGAGGUGAGGGCAUCGCUCCGAAUGAAGUGACAAUGGUGGGAGUGUUGUGUGCAUGCACCCAUGCUGGACUAGUAGAUGAAGGGAGGAGAUGUUUCAAUGCCAUGCAUGAAGAGCUUGGCAUAACACCCAAGAUUGAGCACUACGGAUGCAUGGUUGAUCUUCUCGGCCGUGCUGGAUUACUGAAGGAAGCUUACGAGUUCAUUGAAGACAUGCCCAUCACACCGCACACAGGUGUUUGGGGGGCCUUACUUGGUGCCUGUAAGAUCCACAGCAAUGUCGAGCUGGCCGAGGUUGCGAUCAAACACUUGAUUGAGUUGGAUCUUGAAGAUGGCGGGUACUUGGCGAUCAUGUCUAAUAUAUACGCCAAUGCUGGUAGAUGGGACGAUGUGGCUAAGGUGAGGGACUUGAUGAGGGAGAAAGGCAUCGAUAAAACUCGUGGGUGCAGUUCCAUCACAGUGAAUGGUGAGGUCCAUGAGUUCGGAGCAACGGACAAGCUCCACCCUCGAUCGAAAGAGGUCUACGAGAUGAUAACUGAGAUCUCAAAGCAAUUGAGGACGGCCGGCCAUGUGGCCAGCGUGACUGAGGUUUUCUUCGAUGUGGAAGAGGAAGAAAAGGAGAACGCAUUGCAUUUUCACAGUGAGAAGCUGGCCGUUGCAUUUGGACUCAUCAGUACUGAUGAAGGGUGCACGCUUCGGAUCGUCAAGAACCUGAGGAUCUGCAACGAUUGCCAUUCUGCAAUGAAGCUUAUUUCGCAGAUUUUCAGUAGAGAGAUUGUGGUCAGGGAUCGCAGCCGCUUCCACCAUUUUAAGGGUGGAUCAUGUUCUUGUGGGGAUUACUGGUGACUCUUCAUAGCCGUUAGAAGUUGGCAAUUCCCGUACAAAUUCAAUUUAGCAUUGCAAAUGAAGGGCGUAGGGAAAUUGCGAUUGCUUUGUGUUGGGCGUUGGCAAUGGCGGAUGUGAGAUAACCAUGGUUAAAAGACUCGGUAACUCGGCAUGACUUGUUGGGCCCUGAGUUGAGUCGCAACUCAGCCAAGUCAGGGGGUGAUUGAGGGGCUCCUUGUGGUUUCCAACCAGAUCAGGUCUGACUGAGUGUGAGUCGACUCAGACAAGUUGCAUCAGACACAUCUAAGUCUUAAAACAAUGGAGAUAAAGAUGAACCGUCAAUAUCCUAUCCGAUGACCCGAGCCCUGUUAAAUGUGGAGCCUUGAUUGUCAUGGCCCACUUUCAGAUUGAUAGGGCUCAUCUUGAAGGUGAUUUGAGGCAUGGCCCAUGGCAUGGUGAGGCCACUAGAUGAAUGGCUUUAUAUACUCAAAUCAUGGCCCACUUGUUACAUUUGCCAGGAUCGAACAUAAGAAAAUGACUCGUCUUUCUGUCGAGUUUCCUCAUCAGAUUGUGAAGAACUUGAAGAUUUGUUGCAAUGGUCUUGCUCUGAAUCUCAUUUGGAGGUUUUCCAAUCGAUGCUUGAUGAUGGCUUCCAAGCUACGCCAUUGAUUCAUCAAUCUGCAACUCAUGGGUACCGAUCAUGCAGAAUUAUAAAUCUAGACCAUCCAUCUCGCCCAUCCCAAUUUUCAAUGGCCACCGCACUACAGUCACAUUGAUUAGAUGAUUGUAAGCCAUGUAGGGCUCCACCUUGGAUUAUCUAUUUAGUGACUUGUAACACAAAUAUCUGUAACUUGAAGAUCCAAAGAUUUUUAUAAGAAUCAACUGGUGUGAUUUUGGUGAA